AUGGUUGGUUGUGGACCACUCUUCUCUGGUGUUUCGCACGCUGUGUCCGGCGCUGACUGGACAUUUACGGAAAACAACAUGCCGCAGAAAAUAGUGAAACUCACAGUAAAGGACGUGAGGUUCCCCACGUCCUUGGGGCAACAUGGAUCUGAUGCGAUGCAUACAGAUCCGGAUUACUCCGUUGCGUACGUAGUUAUUGAGACUGACGGUGGGAUGAAAGGAUAUGGAUUGACGUUUACUGUUGGAAGAGGAACUGAAGUUGUUGUCUGUGCCGUGAAGGCCCUCUCUGGUUUUGUUGUUGGGAAGACCUUGGAGGAAAUAGUUGGCGACUUCAGUGGAUACUACCGUCUGCUCACCAGCGAUGGCCAAAUGAGAUGGAUCGGCCCGGAGAAGGGUGUGAUCCAGCUUGCCACCGCGGCUGUGCUGAACGCCGUCUGGGACCUCUGGGCCCGAGCGGAGGGCAAGCCGCUGUGGAAGCUGCUCGUCGACAUGAGCCCAGAGCAGCUGGUGUCCUGUAUUGACUUCAGAUACAUCACGGACGCUCUCACUGAGCAGGAGGCUCUGGACCUCCUCAGGAAAGCCCAGACAGGCAAGACAGAGCGAGAGGAGCAGAUGCUCAAGGAGGGCUACCCCGCCUACACCACCUCCUGCGCCUGGCUGGGAUACUCCGACCAGCAGCUCACACAGCUCUGCACGGACGCCUUGGCCAGUGGGUGGAGUCGGUUCAAGGUGAAGGUGGGGGCGGAGCUAGAGGAUGACGAGAGACGGUGCCGCCUGAUUCGCCAGAUGAUCGGACCAGACAAGACUUUGAUGAUCGAUGCUAACCAGCGGUGGGAUGUGGGCGAGGCCAUCAGCUGGGUGACCAGCCUGGCGCCGUUUAGACCUCUGUGGAUCGAGGAGCCCACCUCCCCGGACGAUAUCCUCGGACACGCCACCAUCUCUAAGGCACUUGCUCCUCUGGGUAUUGGUGUCGCUUCAGGAGAACAGUGCCACAACAGGGUGAUGUUCAAGCAGUUCCUACAGGCGUCUGCGCUGCAGUUCGUCCAGAUCGACAGCUGCAGGUUGGGCAGCGUCAACGAGAACCUGGCUGUGCUACUCAUGGCUCACAAGUUCCAGGUGCCGGUGUGUCCUCAUGCUGGGGGGGUGGGUCUCUGUGAGCUGGUUCAACACCUCAUCCUUUUUGACUACAUUUCCGUCUCAGCAGACCUCAACAACAGGAUGUGUGAAUACGUAGACCACCUUCAUGAGCAUUUCACCAGCCCGGUGGUCAUCCGCAGCGCUCACUACCUCCCCCCCAAGGACCCGGGGUACUCAUGCGAGAUGCUGGAGUCUUCUGUGGAGACGCAUCAAUUCCCUGGCGGAGAGGUCUGGGCUAACCUCUUAGCCAAGGCUCCCGAGUAACCAUGGGAACCCCCACCUUAGUGACCUGGGUCAAAUGUGACUAACGAGGAGGGCUACAAAUUGAUUACACAAUGUACUAACUGCGAAAUCCCUUCCCACAAGGAAUGAAACAAAUUAUUAACAAAAUGAGGAGUUGAUAAUAAAAGCUCUUUAAUGUAA